GAAAUUUUCACGAAUCGAGACAUCACCAAUAAAUAAAUUCUGAAAUAUGUUUCUUUUUGUGAUAAUGACGAUGCUCUUUAUUACGAUUGACGCGCAAUUAAACAGGACUUCAUUGCACGAGAUGGAUGGAGAAUCUUCGGAAAAAGUUGGCACCAUCUUGCAAAAAGUCCUUCGUUACGUAGUAAUCUUCCUUCAGUACGUUUGACCAAUUUCGAAAACAUAGCUUACUAUGGCACUAUUAAAAUUGGAAUUCCACCGCAAAAAUUUCAAGUUAUAUUUAAUUGUGGUUCCCCACAUCUUUGGAUAUUUUCCAAAAAAUGCACACACCCUUUUUGUUAGACCCUAACUCAGCUAAUUUAGGUGGUAAAUUGACAUUCGGUGGUUCCGAUCCUGCUUAUUACGAAGGAAAUUUUACAUAUGUUCCUGCUAGUAUCGAAAGAUCCUGGGAAUUUACCAUAGAUAGUAUCGAAAUAGAUGGGAUUCCUUUUUGCAAGAGAUACUGUCUAGCUACCAUUGAUACAAGUAUUUGGAGAAUAAUUGGACCAGAAAAGGAUAUUUCAUUUAUUAAUCGAUAUAUUUCUACUAAUCCACGGGGAAGAGUGGACUGCAAUAGAAUUUCUCAAUUGCCUACAAUCCAGUUUAAUUUGGGUGGCAACGCCUUCAAUCUUACCGGUAAAGAUUACACCAUUCGGGGUCCAUAUAAUAAAAAUCGAUGUUCAAGCGUCUUCUGGAAACACAUGGACCCAAAAUAUAACAAUGAAAGUAAAUUUAUUAACUCAUGGAUUCUGGGCACGUCAUUUAUAGGCCGCUACUACACCGAGUUUGACAUGGACAAAGAACGAGUGGGAUUUGCUUUGGCAAAAAAUUUAUAGAAUUCAUCAAAACCUAUAGAAAGUUUUUCAUUGCCUUCUUUUAUUGAACACUUUAUCAAUUUUUAAUAAUUUGCUCAAUUUUCUCCAACAAAAAAAAUUUAAUUAUUUUUAAUCACCAACUGAUAAAGUUUGCGUAUUAUCAAUGUGAAUUUUUGCGUAAUAUGUACAUAGUUGUGCGUCAAUUUUUAACAGCAAUACUUUAUCUUGAAAGUAAUUAACAUGAGCUUAUUGCUAAUUAGAUUGUGCGAAAUUUUGGGAACAGUGUCAUUUGCUAAGAUUCUUGUUGCAUGGCCAUCUAGUCGAUAUAAUCAGUUUAUAUUUUCGAAAUGAUUAUUACUUCUUCAUUAUCAUUCUUAAUCACGCGCACGUUUAAUAAUUUAUUUUAUUACAAUUUGGAUUAAUUAUGAAACAAAAUAUUUAAAUAAUAUAUUUUUAAAUUUGACUGAUGGAUGGAACGGAUCGAUAACAUGGAUGUAUUUCGAAUGCGCGCGUUUGUAUAUACAUCAGUCAUUAAAUGUCGAUAAAUGAUAGCUGUAGUAGUCGAGUACAAUUUCUUCUUUGUAUGUCGCAACGUACAGAAAGAAAUUUACCAGAAAUUUCGAAAAUAUGUUCCGUUUUUUCGUAGCAGCAGUGUUGCUGAUCGACGCGGAAAUCCAAAGUUAAGUUUAUGCAUUGUAUCGUGUGUUUACGUUACGUAUCGGUAUAAUAAAUGCUGAUUUUAUAAAAUCAUUCUCUCUCGUCAUGAUCACAUUCUAUUAUCUGAAAUCCAAAACCUAUGUAAAUGUGAUUACAUUCAUAAAACGCUGAUAAAUCCUAAAUGUUAUAAAAAUCAU